AUGAUCAAAUGCACAAAUGUCACCCAGCUUUACGUUCUCCGGUUCUUCAUCGGUCUCGCCGAGAGUACAUUCUACCCAGGCAUGCAGUACAUCAUCGGAUGCUGGUACAGAAAAGACGAACUUGCCAAGCGAUCCUGCCUUUUCCACUCCGCAGGCUCCAUCGGCUCCAUGUUCUCGGGCUACCUCAUGGCUGCCGUCUACAACCUCAGCGGCGUUCAUGGAUGGAAGGGCUGGCAGUGGCUCUUCAUCGUCGAUACCGUCAUUUCCCUGCCGAUUGCGAUUGCCGGGUUCUUCUUCCUGCCCGACGUGCCUGAAAUCACAAAAGCCUGGUGGUUGACCAAAGAUGAUGUGGCGCUCGCGCAAAAACGAAUGCAGCUUGAAGGUAGAGCGAAUCGUCAGCCGUUCACAAAGGCCAAAAUUAAGAAGAUUUUCACCAGUUGGCAUAUUUACGCCCUUACAGCGCUUUAUAUCUUCUUCAACAAUGGAUGCGGAAUUAUGAGUCAGCCUGCGUUCCAGUUGUGGUUGAAGGGAGAGGGAUAUUCUGUCAAGGAGUACAACACAUAUCCGACAAUUACAUCCGCCAUCACCGUGAUAACGACGUGGAUAUACGCCUGGUCUUCGGACUCGGUUUUCAAGGGCGAGAGAUGGCCACCGAUAGUCUUCUCCGGAACACUCAACAUCGUCAUCUACUCAAGUUUAGCGGCGUGGAACAUUUCCGACUCAUGGAAAUGGGGCUGUUUCCUUCUCGUCGGAUUCGGUGGUGGCAUCAGCGGGUUGACGUUCGCAUGGGCCCAUGAGAUUUGCAAAGACGAUAACGAAGAGCGAGCGCUCGUAACUGGCUCGAUGAAUCAGAUGGCGUACGUUUUCCAGGCAUGGUUGCCGCUGCUUAUUUGGCAGCAAAUCGAGGCUCCGCGGUACCCGAAGGGUUAUAUCACGAUGAUCUUUUUUGCUGUUGGUAUGGCGGGCACUUCGUUGUUGAUCAGGUUCUUGCACCGUCGGGAACUGGGAAAGAAGCUCUCGGUGCCGGCUGCUUAA